AUGGAAGCUUUGUUACUGAAUUCUUCCUCCUUUGCUCCGAGUAGACUCGCAAGAGUGUCCGAAAAGUGUGAUCAGAGCUUUCGCCUUUGGAGGAAGAAGAGUACUCUUGUGCAUUGCCAAGGAGGUGGUAAUGCUAUAAAGACUAGUAGUAAUAGUAGUAGUGGAUUCUCUUCUAUUUUGACAACAAGAAAAGACUUGGACAAAGGAAACUUGGUUUUGUCUCCUAAUGGAAAAAGCCAAGCUGAGAAUAAUAUUGCAGUCAAAGAUUUGGUGCCUUUUGUGGAAAUGCAUGAUGGUAUUGGAAUUCUACACUUUCUUAGAGGGAAAAGCUUUUUUGUAACUGGUGCAACUGGGUUUCUAGCAAAAGUUCUUAUUGAAAAGAUGUUGAGGACAACGCCUGAUGUAGGAAAGAUAUAUCUUUUGAUCAAGGCCAAGAACAAGGAGGCUGCAAUGGGAAGGCUAAAAAAUGAAAUCAUAAACACAGAGCUUUUCAAGCGUCUCCAGCAAACUUAUGGAAAAUCUUAUCAAGCUUUCAUGUUGAGCAAACUAGUCCCUGUGGUGGGAAAUGUCUGCGAAUCUGAUCUCGGACUCGACGAUGCCUUAGCCGGAACAAUUGCGAAAGAAGUUGACGUCAUUGUGAAUUCUGCAGCCAACACAACAUUUGACGAAAGAUAUGAUGUUGCUCUGAGUAUAAACACAAAAGGGCCUUGUCACCUUAUGAACUUUUCAAAGAAAUGUAAGAAACUCAAGCUCUUCCUCCAAGUAUCAACAGCUUAUGUGAAUGGACAAAGACAAGGAAGGAUUAUGGAGAAGCCCUUCCGUAUAGGAGAAACCAUAGCAGGCGAAAAGUUCAUUUCCGAAACCCCGCCAGGACGGCUACCUAUGCUCGAUGUCAAAAACGAAAUGAAAUUGGCUUGGACUUCAAAGGAAGCUUUUGAAAACAAUGCCAUGACUCAGAAGAUGAAAGAGUUGGGUCUACAGAGGGCACAACAAUAUGGAUGGCAAGAUACUUAUGUGUUCACAAAGGCCAUGGGAGAAAUGAUGAUUGAUAGUAUGAGGGGAGAUGUGCCUGUGGUCAUAAUCAGACCAAGUGUUAUUGAAAGUACAUGCAAAGAGCCCUUCCCUGGUUGGAUGGAAGGAAAUAGGAUGAUGGAUCCAAUAAUUUUGUACUAUGGUAAAGGCCAGCUGACAGGUUUUCUAGUGGACCCAAAUGGUGUACUUGAUGUGGUCCCAGCUGACAUGGUUGUUAAUGCAACCUUGGCAGCCAUGGCAAAGCAUGGAUUGUCUCAGAAACCGGAUAUCAAUGUUUACCAGAUUGCCUCUUCAGUUGUGAAUCCACUAGUCUUUCAAGACCUUGCCAGACUGCUAUAUCAACACUAUAACUCCUCACCAUGUGUGGACCCCAGUGGUAAGCCAAUCCAUGUUCCUUCCAUGAAGCUUUUUCGCUCAAUGGACGAUUUCUCCGAGCACCUUUGGAGAGAUACUGCUCAGCGAAACGGGCUAACAUCAAUGGCUUCAUCGAACAUGAAGCUGUCUCAGAAACUCGAGGUCAUUUGUAGAAAAUCAGUGGAGCAGGCCAAGCACUUGGCUAAUAUUUAUGAGCCAUACACUUUCUAUGGUGGCAGGUUUGAUAACAGCAACACUCAAAUAUUGAUGGAAAGCAUGUCCGAGGAAGAGAAGAGAAAGUUCGGAUUUGAUGUGGAGAACAUUGAUUGGACAGAUUACAUAACAAAUGUUCAUAUUCCUGGUCUUCGGAGGCAUGUCAUGAAGGGCAGAGGGAUGCCAAGCUAG